AUGUGGGACUCGUAUGGCACCCCGGGCAAGACUUCUCGAGACGCUGUUGAGAUAAAGUCCCACUUCAGUCACCCGGGGGUUUUCACUCCAUGUCAUAUCAGCCCUACAGUGGGCUCUCCCCGUCCGUGUAAGCCCGUUCAGCAGGGUAGCCCGUUCCGAGCGGGAGGCUACCUGCUCUAUGACACCGACGCCCCGCUGACGAGCGCUGAGGUGAACGCGAGCCCAGUGUCCAGUUCCGUCGGUGGAGCGAGGGCGCAGCAGCACAUCGUGACUCUCGAUUCGCACGUGGGACUUGCCGAAUCUCUGAGGGCACCUGACGCACGCUCGCUGAUGAUCGCAAGGUCACCACCUGACUACACUUCCGUGGGGUCGGUCAAGGGAUGCGCCGUCGAGCACGACUUCAAACCCUUCGCAGCGACCCCACUACACGGAUCUCCGUACGACCUAGACCUGGCUCAUAGGUUGAAGCACCACUCAAGCUCACGAAGCGACUACGAGUUGAUGAAUCUUCAAGCUCCGGACAAGAUCGAGCUCUGCUACAGGUUCUCCAGCUGUGGCAGCCACGUACGACGAAGCGUCGACGAGAAGACGAGAGACGGACACCGAUCACCGGUGAAGUUCGAGCCGCCUCCUUCGCCUCCCGUGUCCCCGGGUUGUCCCGGCACCCUGCCCGAACCGCUGACGCAACCUCGGGCACUGGCAGCCCCUGUAGGGCCAAUCAGCUUCGCCGAGGAGCAACACCACCAGGCGAUGGGCUGCUCGUCCGCUGGUCGGGGCUCGCUCCAGCUGUGGCAGUUCCUCGCGGCUCUUCUGAGGAACCCGGGAAACGCGCCGUGCAUCGCAUGGACGGGUCGGGGACUCGAGUUUAAACUCACCGAUCCCGAGGAGGUUGCUCGCCGGUGGGGCGUACAGAAGAACCGGCCAGCCAUGAACUACGACAAGCUGAGCCGCUCGCUCAGGUAUUACUACGAGAAGGGCAUCAUGCAGAAAGUGGCUGGCGAACGGUACGUGUACAAAUUUGUGUGCGACCCCGAGUUGGUCGGAAACUCCUCGUCAGACCCGGUCAAGGCUAGGUUCCACGACGCGCCAGCGAGUGACAAGGACUCUUCGAUGCCUCACCAUCCACAGCCGCCCCCGCAGAGCUGGCACUCCAGACCCGGCAUCGCCGUGCCGCACGAGUACGGUCAGUUCCCCGCGUACGGCACCGACUACACCGCCACGUCCAUAGCUCUCGAAGGAUGUUGACGGUACGUAUAAGUGCCGGAUGACCCACGAGUAAAACGGCGCGCCUACCACGUCUCAGACGCGCAUUAAAUCAGAUUCCACGUGGACGACGUCUCCGCGCAAGAAGAGCAACAGAAGAAGAGACACGACCUCAUUCUCGUCGCUAAAGAAAAAAUAUAUAUAUACAGCCUAGAAAUAUGAAAAUCAUGCUCGCAGAAUCCUUCUUUUAGUUCAGUUUCGACGGCAAUAAAGCACUCUGCAGCCUGGCCAAUACAGUGUGCAAGUGU